CAUUACCAUGAAGAUGAGGAGCAUAUUAAUCAGUGCUCCAAACGUGUAAAGUUGUCUCUCUCCUCCCUCCAGGUGCUCCGUCUAACAGACAGUCAGUGUGAUCAUAUAUUUGAUAGUGCUACGGCUCUGGAGACACCUGUAGACCACUGUCUGGAGGAUGCCAGAGAUGUGCUGAGUGAGGUGGAGUUGCUGCAGGCCACCAUUGACCAGGUCUCUCUCAGGGAGGAGGAAGAGCCUCGCAGGAGAGAGUCGAGUGAGAGAAAGACUCCAGCGUCCGGCUCACACACACAGAGGAAGAGGCAGAGAAAAAGAGAGGAAGAGGAAGACAGCGACUCCAGUGCAGAAUUUGAUCAGUGGGUUCAGUGUAGUAGGUCUGUCUGUGGGAAAUGGAGGAGAGUCGAGAGACAAGUUGAUCUGGCUGCUCUUCCCAGCGACUGGACCUGUACACAUGACACAGGCCCUGGUCUCUGUGAGGCUGCGGAGGACAGCUGGUCGGGAGAAGAGUGUGAUGUCAUCAACAGCAGUCUGGUUCCUGGGUCUCUGGUCUGGGCUCAACAGAUUGGAUAUCCUUGGUGGCCAGCGAUAGUGGAGAGAGAUCCCGACACCAAGACAUUCUGCCAGUUCAACAGGAAUACUGACCUGUACCCUUGCAGGUACCAUGUAACCUACCUGGGGGAACCAGCCAGCAGAGCCUGGGUGUGUCGGUCUAAAGUCAGAAAUUACACAGAACUCACUGAGGAUGCCGCCAUCACGGGGAAGUCUCUCCAGAGAUUCAAGAAGAAGUUGAGAGAAGCUGUCCGCAUAGCAACACAAGCCCAGAGUAUUCCACUCAAGAGGAGGUUGUCUAGGUUUGGGUUCUGGAUUCAACAAACGUCAGACAGAGAGAGCUCAGAGGACAGCGACAUUGCUGUUGUAGAGGUGAUGGAGAUGCUUCUGGACCAUGAAAAGAGCAGGAGAUCAGCAUACAUCAGAAACAAGAAGUCAGCUGUGGUGAAAGCUGCUAAGAGACAGAGUGACAGAGAGCAGAGUGAGCCAAUUGGAGGGGACCUGAACGAGGGAGGAAAGGGAGUGAAAGAGAAAGUUGGCAAGAAGAAAAGAGGAGAGGAGGAGGGUAAGAAGAGAGUGACGUCUCCCUGGUUCUCCAAACUAAAGAAAGGCAGCGCGACCACGGCCAGACCAGCCCCUCCACCCAGCAAAGACCAGACUGUACCAGAGAGAGAGAGAGAGGAGGAAAGACCAAAAGACACCAGUAAAGGAGAAGAAAGAAAGGAACUGAGAGAGGAGAGAAGCCUGGAAGAGGAAGACGAGGAGGAGGAGGAGUCUGUUGAGGAGGAGGCAGGAGAAGAGGAAGGGAGAGAAACAGGAAAAGAAGGAGAGGAAGAACAGAUGAAGAAAAAGGAAAGGAAGGAGUUUGUAAAGUCUGUGUUUGGAGGGGAGGGGGACGACGGAGGAGAGGAUUAUUUCUUAGAUGAAGACAUGGAGAUUCUGGGCUGCAGAGAGGAAGUGAUGAAGAGACAAGCUCAGGAAGAGGAGGAUGACUUCUCUAUCAUGCUGUUUGAGGAGGAGUAGAGAGAGGGAGGGAAGAGGGGGGAUGAAGGGUGGAGAGAGGGAGGAGGAGAGACUUUUGGGGGAGUAGGUAACAUAAUCUCCUGCUGUUCAGGUCAGGAACUGUUGAUGUAAAUAGUUGAGUUCAGGUAUGUUUGUUAUGUGUUGGGUUACAUUAUAUCAGUUGUAUAAUAUAAUAAACAGUGAAUUAUUCGUUUCUAA